CGAGGUUUCUUUCGAGGUGUUUGUCAUCAUCAAGCUAUUUUUAAAAAAGAAACGUUUUUAAUAUGAAUUUGUGAUACAACGAUAAUGUUAUUAAUUCUUUUGUUUUGUAUUUAACAAUGAAGCGAAUUUUGUUUUUACUUUCUGUGACGAUUUGCGUAAGAAGUCAAGUUUCGGAGACUGGAGCGUUUAAUCCUAACUACAACAACUAUCCUCAGCAGUCGUACCCGGAUAGUAAUCAGAAUGCAACACUUUACCGUCCAAAUUCGCAAGUACCUUACGGAAGCUUUCCAGUAAAUGGAAACGAUUAUAAUGCUGGUCAGAGUUCGUUCUACAAUGACAAUUUUAACUCAGAUAAUUAUGGAGACAACGACAAUGAAGUAGAUCCACAAAACACGGCUACAUAUUAUGCCGGUUUGGAUUACGAGGAAAGGUACCGGUGCCCUCCAAAUUGGAUCAGAUUUAGGGAGUCGUGUUAUCGUUUCACCAAGUCUCCAGAUCGUCCCAGAAAUGAAGCUCGUAAAAUUUGUUUGGCAUACGAAGCUGACUUGGCAUCCGUCAAUAGCCCUGAGGAGCACGGAUUUAUUAUAACACAUCUAAUGAAAUUGGAUCCGCAGAAGGGUUCUUGGUACAUUGGUGCUCACCAGCAGUCCCCAGGGUAUUGGUCUAAUGACGCUGACGGAUCUCAGCUUACUGGUCUAGAAAAUGCGUUCUUUACUGAUGAGACAUCAAUAUACACUAGUUAUAACUUACAACCUCGUGAUUACUUAGUGUACAAAUUUUCUCACCAACUAGGCCGUUGGGGCCUAUUCCCUGUUGAAGGCAAUCAAUACUACCAUUUUAUAUGUGAAGGACAAACACAAAGACUGCACUAUCUUAUUGAAGAAGAAAGAUCAUUUACAUAUGGUUUAGAAACAUAUGAUCCGGAGAGAAUUCCCAGAGGUCCUUACUUCAUAAAAGAGCCAGUGGACACUAUUUAUGAUCCAAUGAGAAACUAUCAUGUCCAAUUGACUUGCAUUGCAGGUGGUUAUCCAGCACCUGUUUACAAAUGGUUUAGAGAAGAAUACCAGGUAGACAAACCUAUUUAUACUGAAAUUGAUCCUUUAGUAGAUACAAGAUUUGUUCUAAGUGGUGGAACAUUAAUGAUCUACAAUCCUGACACUGAUAAAGAUAAUGCUAAAUACCACUGUACAGCUUCAAACAAGUUUGGUACAAUUAGGUCAGAAUCGGUUCGGUUGUCAUUUGGUUAUAUUAGAGAAUUCAAUCAAAAGAGAUCAGUUGAAAGUGGCAAUCAAUAUUGGGGCAAAGUAAUGUACUGUUAUCCACCCUCAUAUUAUCCUGCUGUAAAUUUCUUGUGGGCUCGAAACUAUUUUCCCAAUCUUGUUGAAGAAGACAAGCGAGUGUUUGUAUCUUAUGAUGGAGGUCUCUACUUUUCUGCUUUGGAAACAAUAGACAGGGGCAAUUACAGUUGUAAUGUUAUGAGCAAGGUAUCAGACGCUGGUCGUAACGGACCAUUCUUCCCCCUGUAUGUUUAUCCUCAUUCAGAUUAUCAACAUCUUAAAUUUCCUAACAACUUCCCAAAAGUUUUCCCUGAAGCACCUUUUGUUGGACAAGAGGUUCGUUUAGAGUGUGUGUCUUUUGGAUAUCCAGUGCCUUCUUAUAAUUGGACUAGAAGAAAUGGCAAUUUACCAAGAAAAGCUCACCUUAGUAAUUAUGAUCGAGUUUUAACAAUACCCAAUGUAGGAGUAGAAGAUGAAGGUGAAUAUGUCUGUGAUGUAAAGAAUGAUCGAGCACACAUUUCUAAUACAGUUUUUCUAAGAGUACAAGCUGAGCCAAACUUUACUAUACCUCUGGCUAAUAAGCACAUGGACAAUAAAGGUGAAUUACAUUGGAAUUGUGAAGCAUUCGGCAUUCCAGAUGUCAAUUAUACUUGGUGGAAAAAUGGUGAAAAACUUGCAAUGGAGACUUUACAACCCGAAGAUAGAGAUCGCUACAUAAUACAAGAUAAUGUAUUAAUAAUGAAGUACUUAGAUCCUGUCAGAGAUCCAGGCAUGUACCAGUGUGAAGCUAGAAAUCAAUUGAAAGCAAGUUAUUCAACAGGUCAACUAAGAGUUUUGUCUUUAAAGCCUUCUUUUAAAAAACAUCCUCUUGAGUCUGAAACAUAUGGCUCUGAAGGUGGCAAUGUUACAUUGAAGUGUAAUCCUGAAGCAGCUCCUAAACCAACAUUUACUUGGAAAAAAGAUAAUAUUGUUAUUGGAGCUGGUGGAAAGAGAUUUAUAUCGGAAACAGGAAACCUAAUAAUCCGCCAAUUGUCAAGAGAUGAUGAGGGUGUUUACACAUGUGUAGCUAAGAACCAAUAUGGAACGGACGAAAGCAGAGGACGACUGAUAGUUUUGCGUGCUCCGCGCUUCCUUGAAAGAUUACCUCCACGAAUCACUACUCAAGUUAAUCAGGUAGUAUUUUUACAUUGCAAUGCAGAAAUAGACCCUAUGCUAGAUACAGCAUACUUCUGGCACCACAAUGGCAUUCGCAUGAAAGAGGCAGCUGAUUUAUAUGCUGACAAAAGAAUAAAAAUAGAUGGAGGUGAGCUCACUAUUCUCAAUGUAAGUUUAUCCGAUGUCGGUGAUUACGAAUGUAUCGUGAAAUCUGCUAUAGGACGUAUCUCCUCGCAUACUCAAUUACGCAUCGAAGGACCUCCUGGUCCCCCUGGUGGCUUACAGACAUUGAAUAUUCAGCGCUCAUCAGUAACCCUUGAAUGGACUGACAGCAAUUCCAAUGGCCGGCCCAUCACAAGCUACAUGGUCACUGGACGCACACACUGGAAUUCAACUUGGUAUACAAUUAGCGAUAAUGUGGCGAAUGUAAUAGAAAUUGAUCGAUACAAUGGGCGGAAACGAGCUACUAUAAGUACAACGUUAAUGCCAUGGGCGAUUUAUGAGUUCCGUGUUCAAGCUGUAAACCUUUUAGGUGCAGGAAAACCUUCGGCACCAAGCCCACAAUUUUCUACUCCAGCUGAUAAGCCUUACCAACCACCAGCUAAAGUUGGAGGAGGUGGGGGAAAGACUGGCGACCUUACCAUUACUUGGCAAACAUUGCCACCCUCUCUACAGAAUGGCCCCGGUAUAUAUUACAAGAUAUUCUGGCGACGUAAUGGAACUGAGGUCGAAUUCCAGUCCUUAUCUCUCAAAAAGUAUGGUAAUAUCGGAACUUAUGUUGUCCAUAUAUCAACAACAUAUUUUUAUACUCCUUACGAUGUAAAGGUUCAAGCUUACAACGAUGUAGGUGCGGGACCAGAGAGUGCUGUCGUGACCAUAUAUUCUGCAGAAGACAUGCCUCAGGUUGCACCUCAAAUGGUUUACGCCAGAUCCUUCAACUCUACAUCUCUUAAUGUUACAUGGAACCCUAUAGAUCAGUCGCGUGAAAGAUUGCGUGGUAAGCUGAUCGGACAUCGUCUUAAGUAUUGGAAGCAAGCGAACAAGGAGGAGGAAUGUAUCUACUACCUGUCAAGGACAACGCGUCACUGGGCUCUCAUAGUAGGGUUGCAACCUGAUACUUACUAUUUUGUUAAGGUAAUGGCAUUCAAUUCAGCUGGCGAGGGUCCGGAGAGUGAGCGCUACUUGGAGCGAACAUUCCGAAAGGCUCCGCAGAAGCCACCAGCAUCAGUGAACGUGUGGGCGUAUAAUCCCACUACUGUGCGUGUCGUGUGGCGUUAUGUGCAGCCCACCGACGAGGAAGAACCAUUGCUUGGAUAUAAGGUGAGAGUUUGGGAAAUCGAUCAAGAUAUGAGCACCGCGAAUGACACAAUUGUACCAGUGGAACACAAAUUAGAAGCAUAUGUAAUGAAUCUCACUCCAGGCAAAUCAUAUAAUCUACGUGUACUUGCGUACUCUAAUGGAGGUGAUGGCAGAAUGUCGUCCCCAGCUAUCACCUUCCAAAUGGGAGACUAUCACACCGACUCUUACGGUUACUCUGCAAGAAGCUCUGCUAAUACACUGAAUGUACAAAGAUUAUUCUUGACAGCUUUACUUUUACUUGUUACUUUAAGGGUAAUUUCGUGAUGUAACUUUAACUUAAGCAUUCAGUUUUUUGUUAUUUAUAUUCGGUUGUGAUAUGCAUCCGGCCAUUAGUAUUUGACCAGAAAUGUAUGUAUUUGUAACCUUCAAUUUGUAAGAAAUGUUAAACAUUUUUUUCUUUAUAUAUGUUUUCAACUAUUGAUUGUGACAAGGUAGCACAAAGGCUUUAUAUUUUUUGUGUUUCUUGAACAAAUAGUUUUCUUUAAAAUAGUUCAGAAAUCAUAGCGACUCAAUUAGCAAGCGUGUAUAAUACGUAGUUUUCAAUAACUUUUACAUAUUGUAUGUAUAAUAUCCUAUUUUUAUAUAUUCGAUUACCUGUCAAUUUUUGUUGACAAUAAGUAAUGUACUGAAAAUGAUAUUCAUAAUUUUUAAGUAAGAUUUCUUGUAUAUUAGGGUUCAUAUCACAUAGUGUAGAUUAAGGCUGCAAUUUUGUAAAGGAUGCUACACCCGCAAAAACGCAUACUUAAAUAAUUGUUGCUCUUUAUUGUAAUGUUAAUUACAAUAAAAAGUAUUUAUGCAGCUUAGUUUUUACGAGCACCUUUUCGUUUUUUUUUCGAUUUCAUUGAUGUGGAGUCAUUCCACGUCUCCGUAAACCGGUCAGCUCCGCAUCAUUGAAAAGCUCCAUAGCUGUGAUGCAUUUUAUCCUACCGUUUGCAAUUAAUUGUGUAGCAUCUUUUAAUAAAAAGUAUUUUUUAAUGUAGGUACGACCAAUCCGAGCCAUUUUAUCACUGAUCUGAUUUAUUUCAAAGUAUAUUUUUAUUAUGUUUAUACUUAUUGUUUUUAUAAUAUAUUUUCCAAGGUAUUGUUAACAAUCGUUAUUAAUUUUCGGUAGCCUAGGCUUCAAGUAUGGCAGCUAGACUUAAAGGCAUUGAAAUUAAUUACUUUUUGUGCAAAUGUUUACAAAAUAUUUUUAUUAUUUCUAAUGUUAAUAAUUAUAACAAAAUCAAGAACUUUUACAAAGGUAGUACACAUCCCGCCUAAAAAAUGCCUGCUAAAUGAAUCUCCAUAUUUCCGAUCAAUAUUUGUAGCAAACUAGGUUAAGAAAUUUAUAUGAAAUGCCUUAUGAAUGUUAAGAUUAUGAUUGUAAUAUGUACUUGUUUCCAGUAAAAAAUAAAUAUUAAA